AUGUCUACACCAGUCACCUCAGACACAGCACCAAGGUUUCAGAAGCCAAUGAACUGUCAAAAGAGAAAAAGACUUGGGAAAGUAAAGACAGCUAUGUCAGACAGAAGAUCAGAGAGGUCAGCUGUCUCUCUUAAGGCACCAUGCAAUCAGAAUGACUCACGAAAAGAGGUGCCAGAGAAUAGUGUUUGCUUAGCCGAAAAAGAUCCAGAAGACGACAUCAUUAUUAUCUCUAGCGAUGACUCUCCAGGGGAUGGUCCUGAGCAGAGAUCUAAGAACAACAGUGAACAAAGAAAAAGGAAACUGGAGAAUGUCAUGACUGAUCCAGAAGACGACAUCAUUAUUAUCUCCAGCGAUGACUCUCCAGGGGAUGGCCCUGAGCAGCAGGCCAAGAGCAAGAGAGUCCAGAAGACAAAGGCACUGGGAGAUGUCAAAGUAGCUGCCCAGAAGAGCAGCCUGCAGGAUUCAGGCACUGCCACCUCUGAAGCUACCCCUGGAGCUGCCUCAGAGCUAAAGUUCUCCAGAAGAAGGACAAAGAGGAGCAUAUGGACGGUGGGCUGUAUCGAGGGGACAAAACUCACCAUAAAGAAGAAGAGAAGACUCUGUUACCAGCCUGAGGACCUUGAAGCCUUCUACCGACUCCUCGAGGAUCCUGUGGUCCAGAAUUUUUUGGCAGCUGACAUUUUCUUCAGAAUGACCGACAAGUACCUGCUGUCCAUGGUGGUGGAGUACUUUGGCCGACUCGGGCUUCCUGGACAUCUCUACAACAGGAUCCACUUCUUUCUGGCCCUCUACAUCGCCUUUGACAUGGAAGAGGAUGACCCCAUAUUCAAGAGGAGCAUCUUUCAAUUCCUGCUGGGCACAGACACAUGGCAGAACUUAUACAAGGACUUCCAAAGGCUGCAGGGGGAGUUCCUCCAAGUCAUAGAUUACCGAGCUUGGCUCACACGACAGGAGUGUGAAGAGAUCCAGAACCAGAAUCCACACCACUGGGUCUGGAGCCGGGUGCGACAGAGUGCCCCUUAG